AUGGCUGAUCAACAGGACUAUCUCCGUGCUUUACUAAAGGAUUUUGGUGAACCGACCUGGGAGUGGGCCAUUGCCAAAGCCAGAGAGAUGGUGGAUAGGUUAGAUAAUAUCACCCUCAACAUUGCUGUGACAGGGGAGACUGGGGCAGGAAAGUCCUCCUUCGUUAACGCCAUCAGGGGUCUUCAAGAACCUGCGGAAGGAGCUGCACCCACUGGAACCACAGAAACCACCAUGGAGCCCACCAUGUACCCCCACCCAACCCUGCCCAAUGUGAACUUCUGGGACUUGCCAGGCAUAGGGACCUCACAUUUCAAAGCAAAAACCUACUUGAAAGAUGUCAAAUGCCAAAACUAUGAUUUCUUUAUAAUAGUAAGUGCAUCAAGAUUCAAGGAAAAUGACAUGAUGCUGGCAAAUGAAAUCAAGAAAAAGAAGAAGAAUUUCUACUUUGUUCGCACAAAGACUGAUAUUGAUGUAACAAAUGAAGAGAGAAAGGGAGUAACAGAGGAGGCAACACUUCAGAAAAUACGGAACAACUGUCUGGAAAAUCUCAGAACAUUGGGAUCCCCUUCUGUCUUCCUCAUUACAACAGAAAACCUUGCAAGGUUUGACUUCCAGGAACUGGUAAAUAAUCUGGAGAGAGACCUUCCAGAUAACAAGAGAGAUGCUAUGGUUAUGAGUUUGCCUAUUCAUUCCAAGGAGUCUCUUGACAAGAAAUACAAUAUAGUCAAGAAAGCUGUAUGGGCUGUGGCCUUCGCAUCAGGUGGCAUAGCGGCAGCCCCAGUACCAGGUCUGUCACUAUUAUGUGAUGUUGCCAUGAUAGUGCUUUUCUUAAUCAAAUGCUACUAUUCAUUUGGUCUGGAUGAUGGAUCCCUUGAAAAGUUAUCAAAGAGAGUAAACAAGCCAAUACUGGAAGAGCAGCAGCUGGAGUAUCGUUUGUUACCACACGAUCUGUGCUCCUAG